AAGACAACGACAAAGAGCUGCGUCUGAUCUGGAAUGAAACUCCAGUCCUGCUUUCAGAUUCUGGUUUCAUCGAGGAUUUGAGCUUCUGUCUUUUUGUGCUGAGACCAGUUUCUGUCCUUGAAGACCAAGCCUGGUUUCUGGACUCAGAUCUGAAAUUCCAGAUUUUGGUUUUAAAGAGAGACGAGCUUCAGAUUCUUCUUCUUCUUUUGUGACCGCUGCAGAUGAAGCAGAAGAAGAACAGUUUCUGUCUUCUUUCUCUGUUUGGAGGCUGAAGCAGCAAAGCAGAUGGACGUUUUGCACAGCUGGACGUUUGUGUGAACUGACAGUGUGACGACAGCUGGAUGAGAGCCUGAAGCCAAAGUAGAGUCAAUGUGACAGACAUGAAGAACCUGGACCAGUAUGGACGAAGUCACCUGGAGAGUCUGGUGUGUGCAGCCCUGUCCAGUCUGGUGUUGGUUCUACUGGGAGUGCUGGGCUCGGUCCACGGCUGUCCUGGUGCCUGCACCUGCUAUGGCAACACGACUGACUGCUCCGCUGUCGGUCUUCUCUCUCUGACGCCCAUCCUAGCACUGCUGGACCAGGACUCUCUGAACCUCCGCCUGCCCCAGAACAACCUCUCCUCCCUGGGCACAACCGAGCUGUCCAACCUCAGCAGCCUGGAGCUUUUGGAUCUUUCCCAGAACCACUUUUCCACGCUGCAGCCCGGAGCUUUCUCAGGCCUGGGCGGCCUGCGCUGGCUCAAUCUCUCUGCUAACUACUUCGGGGUUCGCCUGGUGACCUCUGACCCCAACAGUAGCGCAGAGGUCCUCCAGGGCUGGAAUGGAAGUCAAGGGAGUGUUGGCCUGAGCAAGGAUGUGUUCAGGGGGCUGUGGCGGCUGCGAGGGCUCGACCUGUCCUCCAAUGGCCUCCUGUGGCUGCCCAUAGGCCUGCUGGAUGGGCUUCAGAGACUCGCCUGGCUGUCCUUGGCCGGCAACCGGCUGGUGGCUCUGGACCGAGUCACCUUUGAGCCCCUGGUGGGUCUACAGCAGCUCCAGCUGGCGGGAAACCCCUGGGAGUGCGACUGCAAGCUGAGAGACUUCAAGCACUGGAUGGAGUGGUUGAUUUACAGGGAUGGGCAGGUAGAUGCGAUGCGCUGCAGUCUCCCGGGGGAUUUGAAGGGCAGGGACAUCCGCAGCGUGCCAGCAGAGAUGUUCAGCUACUGCCUGCAGAGUCCCAGCAAAGAGGGCGCCCCAGGUUACGCCACUCGACCUCCCUGCCCGCCCAACCGGAUCAGCAGCAACGACGAAUGUGUACGCCAGCGCUACCGGCCCAUCAGUGUCCGCAGAGCGCACGGCACACAAAUAGUUGCAGGAGUGAUUUGCGGCACAGUGUGCGUCAUGAUGGUGGUUGCAGCGACUUACGGCUGCGUCUACGCCUCGCUGAUGGCGCGGUACCAGAGGGAGAUAAAGAACCGCGGCCAGCCUCUGAUGGCAGAGUCUGGAGCCGACACAGACCUGGAGGAUGGGCAGAUGUCAUCUCCAACAUCGCCGGAGGAGUCGCCGCCCAAAGAGGCCUGCGGCAUUGUGCAUGGAUAUCGAAUCAGCAGCUUCUGACCCACUGCUUUCUACUGAUUUCAGAUCCUUCCAGGACGCUCUGGCUGCUUCUGCUCCUCAGCUCUCAUCAUCGAUGAGACAACGUCUGGAGAGAGGAACCCUGCAGCUCUGUGAUUGUGCUGAAAACCUCUGGGCGGGGACUGAUUGUACAGCUAAUGGACCGGACUAGAUUCAGUGAAACUGGAAUGCUGCAGCACUUCUUCUUCUAAUGUAUGGAUGCUCUGUGAAUUGUUAUUCCCUGCGCUGCAUCUCUCAGCCAGCUUUUAAACUCCUCUGAAGCUGCUGUUUGGCACCUUGACUUCCCUUCAUCUGUGUUUUUGUUUCUUCUUUAGAAAUAUGAAACUACAUUUUGAUUCCAGCUGUCUGUCCUUAUAUCUGAGCCCAACAAGCACAAGCUGCAGAAGUACACGUCUGUGAAUCUGUGAAAUGUGACAUUUCUCCUGCACACAUUCUCCCGUUUUCUUAAUCACUUUUGUGUUUUUAUGUUGUAAUUGAGAAACAGUUCUUCCUCUGUUUGGUGGAUGCCCUGUUGAAUUCCCUCCAAUUAUCAGACACUUCAAACCAUGUUAGAGUCCUGCUGCUGCCAUGGAAAUGCUGCUUCAUCACCGAGGUAGACUGCAUUCAAACAACACUAGAGCUGUGCUGCCACCUAGAGGGCAAGCUUUGAGCUACAGCAGCUUUCAAUCCAGCACAACAACCAGUGAAGACAACAAACAUUCAACAUAGCAACGUCUGAGAUGCCGACUGAAAGUGUGUGUGAGUGUAUCAGCUCACAUAUACUGUGAUGUCCAUGUGUU